GGCGGUGGUAUAUAAAUUGUCUGUUUUCAAUCAAAACCCUAAAUUACAAAACCCUAAAAAUAACAAUUGAAGCUCAAGCAUUCUCCGCACAUCAAGAUUCCUUUUGUCUCUAAAACAAAUCUUCAUCUGCGGCUUUUCUAAUGGCUACAAGACUUCAGUUUGAGAACUCAUGUGAAAUUGGUGUAUUCUCAAAGCUAACUAACGCUUACUGUUUAGUAGCAAUCGGUGGUUCCGAAAAUUUCUACAGUACAUUUGAGUCCGAGCUAGCUGAUGUUAUCCCCGUUGUUAAGACCUCCAUUGGCGGCACACGUAUCAUCGGCCGACUUUGCAUCGGUAACAAAAACGGGCUACUUUUACCUCAUACCACUACUGACCAAGAGCUUCAACACUUGAGGAACAGUCUGCCGGAUGCGGUUGUGGUUCAACGAAUCGACGAGAGACUAUCGGCUCUUGGAAAUUGCAUAGCGUGCAAUGACCAUGUUGCCCUUACCCAUACUGAUCUUGACAGAGAAACCGAGGAAAUGAUAGCUGAUGUUCUCGGUGUAGAAGUUUUCCGACAGACAAUUGCCGGAAAUAUUCUUGUCGGCAGCUACUGUGCGUUUUCAAAUAGAGGUGGCAUGGUGCACCCGCAUACCUCUAUUGAAGACUUGGAUGAGCUGUCAACCCUGCUUCAGGUUCCUUUGGUAGCGGGAACAGUGAACCGUGGUAGUGAAGUGAUAGCAGCGGGCCUAACGGUUAAUGACUGGACCGCAUUUUGCGGGUCAGAUACUACCGCAACUGAAUUGUCUGUGAUCGAGAGUGUUUUCAAGCUGAGAGAAGCCCAACCUAGUGCCAUUGUGGACGAGAUGAGGAAGUCUUUGAUCGACACUUACGUUUGAUAAGUGUUAAGUUUGUUUGAUUUUUGAUGCUAUUUUUAUGUGAUAAAAUGUUUUAGACUGUUAUGUUACAAAAAUUGUAUAACGAUCAUUCGGUAUUAGUCAAAAGGUUUUAUUUUGUUGGAAAUUUUAAA